AUGGCUAAGGUGAGUGUACCAAGACUAAAAGGUGAAAGGAUGGGAGUCUUUGCUACACGUUCUCCACACCGGCCUUGCCCAAUUGGGCUCACUGUUGCAAAGGUGGAGGCAGUGUAAGGAAAUAUGGUUCUGUUAUCUGGUGUGGAUCUGGUUGAUGGGACUCCAAUACUCGAUAUCAAACCGUAUCUACCAUACUGUGACAGCAUACAUGGAGCAGCAGUGCCAGAGUGGGUAGACAGUGUAUUGGGUAAUACUUCAGAUUUGGAUGACGACCAAGAUGAAGAGCAAGUUCCUAUUCCUUCUGAGAACAUACUUUAUCAUCUGAUUUUGGAAGGACUGGAUGUCUCAUAUAGAAUUGAUUGCAACAGCAAUGUCAUUGUCGAAAAAGCAAAAAUUUCAUCCGAAUUCUUUAGUAGUAAUAGAAGUCGGUGUAACUACUUAAUGUGGAGAGAGCAACUAACUUAAUUGAUUCAUUGUUUUGA